UCCCGGCCUGAACAUGCGUGGCUGGGAUCUCCUUCUCCUGGUGGACGGUUCCCGUGAAGCGGCGUUCUCCCAGAACAAGGCGUUCGCGCGAGACCUGGUGGACAGGCUGCCGAUUACCGACCAGCAGGCCACCAACAUCGGGCUGGUGCAGUUCAGCGACACCACACGACAGGAGUUCCACCUCAACAGAUACUCCAGCAAGCAGAGCGUUCUGGCGGCCAUCGACAACAUGAGGCAGACCAGUGGCGGCAGCUUCGUAGGGAGUGCCAUUGAUUAUGCCAGACUGAUCAGUUUUACAGCAGAGAAUGGAAACCGUGCAAACGUGCCUGACGGCAUGGUGGUGGUGACGGACGGCCGGACAGACGACGCGGUGGACGACUUCUCCACGGCGGCGCGGCACCAGGGCAUCACGAUUUUUGCCGUGGGGAUCGGGGACAUGGUCAACCGGCAAACACUGGGCACCAUCACCAGGGAUCCGGACAAUGUGCUG